CCUAUAGGGUCGAGAUGAGCGUCUCUCAAACAGAUUCAAUUUGCUAAGGUGUGUCACCUCCCGCGUGUCCGUUGUACUUCUCUAUGAUCCUGUUCGUACCAAAGUGAUAACUUGCUUACACUUCAUUAGCGAUUGACCAAACCUAUUCACAUUCGUUACACUGUCACCAUGGGCGAAUCAUCUACCCUCGCUACGGAAUUCGCUUCCAUCUUCUUCGGCACUUUUAUUGCACUGUUUUUCUUUACUACGACCAAAGCAAUGCGACAGUCCUGGAGCAUCUGGAAACGGACGCGAAGCCUUCUGAACUGGUACCUUUUCAUGAUAUGGGUGGAGGUGAUAGCGAAUUUCAUAUUCGCUCUUGUCACGUACCUAUUCUUACGUGGGACUAUCCCGCCAAGUUUGGCAUACUUCUUUGGUAUUGUGCUUAUAUGGACCAUCAUAACCCAAUUGUUGUUGCAAAUCGUCGCCAACCGUGUCAGUUUGAUCAUGGUAAACAGGCGGAAAUCCCGAAUGAUCAAAUGGGGUCUUUUUAUUUUCGUCGGCCUUGUCAACGUCUCCGUUUUCUGCCUAUGGAUUCCUGGAAACCUAAAAGUUAGUCCGACCUACAUCCAUCUAAACCAUAUUUGGGAACGGGUUGAAAAGUCUAUCUUCCUCGUCAUUGAUCUCGGGCUCAAUUUGUACUUCUUGUACCUGGUACGAUCCAACCUCAUUGCAAAAGGCUUGAAGAAGUACUGGCCCCUUUUCAAGUUCAACGCGGCGGUUGUCCUCGUUUCCACGUCCAUGGACAUUUUGCUUCUUGGUUUGCAGAGCCUGCCAAACAACUAUGACUAUAUCCAGUUUGCUCCAGUCGCUUACAUGGCCAAACUCCACAUCGAACUCACCAUGUCAGAGCUGAUUUCAAAAAUCGUCCGAAAUGCCCAUCGCGUCGACAUGUCAAAUUCCGAUACCGAUCACGUAUCCGGUACCCCGCUUGCUACCCGCACGAACGGCAGAUCAGUCAGGCAGCAAUCGCAAUACUUUCCUGGCUCAGUUGGGAUUGAUACAAAUAUUACUUGUGGAAAGAUGGAGGAUGAUAUGCGCUCAGCAGAGUGUAAGCCAUAUCAUGGUGAUGGUAUUAUCAAGACCGUCAUGAUGUCGAGAGUGACGAAUGGUAGGGAUUGUGAGGAUUCUAGCAGUGGAAAAACGACGGUAUAGGAGUUUCAUGUACCGCGAGAAUUGGAGACCCCAUAUACAUUCGAUCACCCUACAGGGGAUGUACCUACUUAGCAUUCACUUAUAUGAAGUGUUGGUAAUCACGUUCUUUUAAUUGUAGUUACUUAAUGAGUCAAGCUCUUCCAGCUUCGACUGUUAUCUUACUAAUUUAAGUCAUCAUCAGC